AAUAUUAUUUUUAUUACCUAAGGGGGUAGGGGAAGAGAAAAACAGAUUAUUGCCCCAUUAAGCUACCACUUUUAUCUGUUUUUCUCUUCUUAAAUAAAUUGCCAAUUAAACAAAACAACAUUUCCUCACUGAGACCAUCAAUAAUCACUUCAAAAAACUGUUUCCUCUGCUAUCUGAACAUAGCCACACAAUUCUGUUUUUCUCUCCUUAAAAUAAAUCUCUAGUGUUACUCUUCAUAUAUUGUCACUUAUGGCAAAAGCAAUUCUCACCCUUUUCUUCCUGCUCUUGUCCUACUUCUCAGCGCCGUUUCUGACCUUAGCGGAUGAGCCGAAGACAUGGUGUAUGGCUAAACCUUCAUCAGAUAAUACAAUCCUUCAGCAAAACAUAAAUUUUGCAUGUUCCAAUGUGGAUUGUAGUAUCUUUCAAGAGGGCUGUCCUUGCUUUUCACCAAACAAUUUGAUGAACCAUGCUUCUAUUGCCAUGAAUCUUUACUACCAAUCUAAAGGAAGGAACCAUUGGAAUUGCCACUUUGGUAAUUCUGCCCUCGUUGUUUUGACUGAUCCAAGUUAUGGCAGCUGCAACUACGAGUGAAGUCAUGGUUAGGAAAAGCAACUCAUGAGGAGACUUUUGUUGAAUCAUAUCUAUAGAUAUCUAAAUCUUGUUUAAUCAUUAGAUAGUUGCCGAUUUCUCCUAUUAUGAUUACCAUUUUGUUGCAGUUUUAACUCCUUCCUUCAUGUAUGGCUUUUUAGUUCUUACUUUCUUCUUUGGGCCCUUGCAAUUGAAAUUGCAAUAGGCUUUCUGUCCAGGCUGAAUCAUAGUGGCUGGUCCAAUUGGUUAAGCAGACGUUUUAACUUUUUGCGCUGAUUGUGCUUCAAACGCACUGGUCUUUAAUUUUUGUCCUCCAUAUAUGUGGUUUUGUUAUAAAUAUUAUUAUAAUAUUGUGAUGUCUAUCUUUAGGAGGAAUUUUAGGGUUUGUGACUUUGGCACCAAGUCAAUUCUCUCCUAUAAAUAGAGAGAUUCUCUUCAUUGUAUUUCAUUCCUUAUAAGAAAUAAGAACCCUCUUCUCUCUUUCUCUACAA